CUCGUCACACCCCACCAUUUGUGAGAGAAAAUAUGAACAGAGAAAAAAAAAAAAAGGGUAGAGAGGCGGAAAUCUCUCCUUUCUAGUCUCUUUCCACCUCUCUCCUUCAAGGCCUCAACUUGUCUGAAAAAUCUCUGCAACUAUAGUCGGAAAAUACUGAAAUUUGAAGGUUGAAGCUUUGAGAUCGAUCGAGAAGAAGGAAGGUUAGGGUUUGUCAAGAGCCGAAGACUUCUGGAGCGGCUUUAAUUUGAAGCUUUCUGGAGUGGUUUUAGUCUUUUAGCUCAUAAACAUUUCCAUUAGUAGAAGACAAAGUCGCAUUUGGAGUUGAUAAAAUAAUAGGUCUUGAGAGUGGUUAAGAUUGGAGCUUUGGAGAAGUCUUUGGCCCUUGAUCUUCCGUCAUGGAACCUUCUGACGUUUGGUGUGCAUCUCGUUCAAGUUGAAGAUUUCAGAGCGCCAAAAACUUUUUUUUUUUUAUUAUUAUUUUUUUAAUUUUCUUUAAAGCUUUGAAGGUCGGAAGAGAUUUGGUAUUGCAAGAGGAUCUGGUAGGAUUUCGGUAUGGCGUCCAAAAAGUUCCAGCCUAGCCGGUCGAGUCUAUCUGAUACUUCUGAACCACAGCAGGGGAGGCCGCCUCCUCUUCCAGCGCAUGUGACUUUUGCUCGGAGGACUUCGUCGGGUCGCUAUGUUAGCUACUCGAGGGAGUCGAAUGACCUUGAUAGUGAAGUUGGUAGUACUGAUCAAUACAUGAACUACACGGUGCACAUACCACCAACUCCUGAUAAUCAGCCCAUGGAUCCAUCCAUCUCACAGAAGGUUGAAGAGCAGUAUGUGUCAAGUUCUCUUUUCACUGGUGGGUUCAACAGUGUCACUCGAGCUCAUCUCAUGGAUAAGGUGAUUGAAUCUGAAGCAAACCAUCCCCAGAUGGCUGGUGCCAAAGGAUCAUCGUGUGCUGUACCUGGGUGUGAUGGAAAAGUCAUGAGUGAUGAGCGAGGACAAGACAUCCUUCCCUGUGAAUGUGAUUUUAAGAUCUGCAGGGAUUGCUAUAUAGAUGCUGUAAAGAUGGGUGGUGCAGUAUGCCCUGGGUGCAAGGACCCAUAUAAGUCUACAGAUUUAGAUGAAUUAGCUGCUGAUAAUGGCCAGCCGCUAUCAUUGCCACCACCGGCAGGGAUGUCCAAGAUGGAAAGGAGGUUGUCUUUGAUGAAAUCAACCAAGUCGAUGUUAAUGAGGAGCGAGACUCGGGACUUUGAUCAUAACCGUUGGCUGUUUGAAACCAAGGGGACAUAUGGGUACGGGAAUGCUAUAUGGCCUCAGGAGGGAAAUUUUUCGGAUGACAAGGAUGAUGGGGCUCGUGAGCAUGCAGAACUGAUGAGUAAACCUUGGAAGCCACUUACGCGCAAACUGAAGAUCCCUGCCGCGGUUAUUAGCCCGUAUAGGCUUCUAAUUGCUGCUCGAUUGAUUGCACUUGUUCUGUUUCUGUGGUGGAGGGUUGUAUACAUAAAUGUGGAUGCAGUCUGGCUAUGGGGUAUGUCUGUGGUAUGCGAGAUCUGGUUUGCCUUUUCUUGGCUACUUGAUCAGCUGCCAAAGCUCAAUCCUGUUAACCGUUCCACAGAUCUUGCUGUGCUGAAAGAGAAAUUUGAAACACCUGGCCCCCACAAUCCGACUGGAAAAUCUGAUCUCCCAGGCAUAGAUGUCUUUGUCUCUACUGCAGAUCCUGAGAAGGAGCCACCUUUAGUCACUGCAAACACCAUCCUCUCAAUUCUUGCAGCUGACUACCCUGUUGAAAAGCUUUCUUGCUAUGUUUCUGAUGAUGGUGGUGCUCUUCUUACCUUUGAGGCCAUGGCCGAAGCAGCAAGUUUUGCCAAUGUGUGGGUUCCAUUCUGCCGGAAACAUGACAUUGAACCCAGGAACCCAGAGUCUUACUUUAAUCUGAAGAGAGAUCCUUAUAAGAACAAGGUGCGCACUGAUUUUGUCAAGGACCGCAGAAGAGUGAAACGUGAGUAUGAUGAGUUCAAGGUCCGGAUUAAUGGCCUUCCUGAUUCUAUCCGGCGCCGUUCUGAUGCCUAUCAUGCUCGGGAGGAGAUCAAAGCUAUGAAGCUGCAGAGACAAAAUGCAAGAGAUGAUGAUCUUGCAGAGCCUGUGAAAGUCCAGAAAGCUACUUGGAUGGCUGAUGGAACACACUGGCCUGGCACUUGGUUGCAUCCUGGGAUAGAGCACUCAAAAGGUGAUCAUGCUGGUAUCAUACAGGUGAUGUUGAAGCCUCCCAGUGAUGAACCAUUACAAGGCACUGCAGAUGAGACCAAGCUCAUUGAUCUCACUGAUGUGGAUAUCCGUCUUCCCUUGCUUGUCUAUGUUUCCCGUGAGAAACGGCCGGGAUAUGAUCACAACAAGAAGGCCGGGGCCAUGAAUGCUCUUGUCCGGGCCUCUGCGAUUAUGUCCAAUGGCCCCUUCAUCCUCAACCUCGAUUGUGACCACUACAUCUACAAUUCCCAGGCAAUGAGAGAAGGCAUGUGCUUCAUGAUGGACCGUGGUGGUGAUCGCCUUUGUUAUGUCCAAUUCCCCCAGAGGUUUGAGGGUAUUGACCCCUCUGAUCGAUAUGCCAACCAUAAUACUGUUUUCUUUGAUGUUAACAUGCGAGCCCUUGAUGGUCUUCAGGGUCCUGUAUAUGUGGGAACUGGAUGCCUUUUCCGCAGGAUUGCCCUCUAUGGCUUUGACCCACCUCGAUCAAAAGAACACACCUCUGGUUGCUGUAGCUGCUGUUCGGGCCGCAAACGGAAGGCAUCGGUUGCCAAUACCCCUGAAGAGAACCGGGCCCUUCGAAUGGGAGAUGAUGAUGAUGAUGAAAUGAACCUUGCUUUGUUUCCCAAAAAGUUUGGCAACUCUUCUAUCCUCGUGGAUUCAAUCCCAGUUGCAGAAUUCCAAGGUCGUCCCCUUGCUGAUCACCCAGCUGUGAAGAAUGGACGUCCACCAGGUGCUCUGACAAUCCCUCGUGAUCUUCUUGAUGCUUCUACCGUUGCAGAGGCAAUCAGUGUCAUCUCUUGCUGGUAUGAGGAUAAGACUGAGUGGGGCAACCGUGUUGGGUGGAUUUAUGGGUCUGUGACGGAAGACGUUGUAACAGGAUAUCGGAUGCACAACAGAGGAUGGAAAUCUGUUUAUUGUGUGACCAAGCGUGAUGCUUUCCGAGGCUCAGCCCCAAUCAAUCUCACUGAUCGGCUUCACCAGGUCCUCCGGUGGGCCACUGGUUCUGUUGAGAUAUUCUUCUCUCGUAAUAAUGCCCUUCUGGCCAGCUCGAAAAUGAAAUUUCUGCAGAGGAUUGCCUACCUCAACGUCGGGCUCUAUCCCUUCACCUCUAUCUUUCUCAUUGUUUACUGUUUCCUUCCAGCACUCUCCCUCUUCUCUGGCCAGUUCAUUGUGCAGACCCUCAAUGCUACAUUCCUUGUUCUGCUGCUGAUCAUCACUUUAACCCUUUGCAUGCUUGCCAUACUGGAGAUCAGGUGGUCAGGUAUUGAGCUAGAGGAAUGGUGGAGGAAUGAGCAGUUCUGGCUAAUUGGAGGCACAAGUGCUCACCUUGCUGCUGUACUUCAGGGGCUACUGAAAGUAAUUGCUGGGAUUGAGAUUUCAUUCACAUUGACAUCCAAGUCAGGUGGUGAUGACGUUGAUGAUGAAUAUGCUGACCUCUAUAUUGUCAAGUGGACAUCCCUUAUGAUUCCACCCAUCACAAUCAUUAUGGUGAACUUGAUCGCAAUCGCGGUUGGCUUCAGCAGGACCAUUUAUAGUACCAUACCACAAUGGAGCAAAUUGAUAGGUGGGGUUUUCUUCAGCUUCUGGGUCUUGGCACAUCUUUACCCUUUCGCCAAAGGUUUGAUGGGAAGAAGAGGAAGCACACCCACAAUCGUGUAUGUCUGGUCAGGCCUCAUUGCAAUCACCAUAUCCCUCCUCUGGGUGGCAAUCAGCCCACCUUCUGGCACCACUACCAUUGGAACGGGGUUCACAUUCCCUUGAUUCAUUAUUUUUAAAGGUAAAGCCUGCGUUCUCUAUUCUCUCCUUGAAAUUCUUUUCUUGACCAUUAGGUCAUGCUGGUUACUGCUAGGGUCCACCUGACCCGUUUGACUCUCCUGUGCAUCUUGAAUUACUACAUAUCUGGAGAUGAUUUGUCCCCAUAAUGGAGAUGGGGUGUGGAUACUACUACAUUGAACUUUAAGAGGAACAGAAAUUUUUGGUGGAUUUAUUUGUUUUCAGUGUUUCCCCAUUCAUUUGUAUUGAUUUAUACAGGGAGUGGGGAGGGGUGGGGGAGUACUUGAACAGUUCAUUGUUCCAUUCAUGUGUAAUAUCAGUAAACAUCAAUUAAAACUAAAGUUCUUUUGUUUUUUUGGUAA